AUGUUUCCUUGCUCUUCUAGAUCCCUUAUUGGAGCAGAGACAGAGGCACCAAUUAAGCAGUGCCCAGUUUGUCGGAUCUACAUUGAGCGAAACGAGGGCUGUGCUCAGAUGAUGUGCAAGAAUUGCAAGCAUACGUUUUGCUGGUACUGUCUACAGAACUUGGAUAACGAUAUCUUCUUACGACAUUACGACAGAGGCCCUUGCAGAAACAAGCUUGGCCACUCACGGGCUUCAGUGAUGUGGAACAGAACGCAGGUUGUGGGGAUCCUCGUUGGACUAGGUAUCAUAGCACUGGUGACCUCUCCCUUGCUGCUCGUGGCAUCUCCAUGCAUCAUCUGCUGCAUUUGCAAAUCUUGCAGGAGCAAAAAGAAAAAACACAGCCCACCAACAACCUAAAA